AUGGAAGCAAACGGUAUCUAUAUGGAGGACAAAGGUCAGGAAAGGUCAUUGGUGGAACUCCCGAUGACUUGUAUUCUACUUGUGCAUUCAUACAUUACCUUCGAUUUAAUCGAGAAAGGAAAGAAAACAUCUUUCAACGGGAAAUGCAUGAAGCAACAUUUCUCAAGACACUGGCAUUCUAAGCAUAAAACAGAAACUUUUCAAAGGAAAAUAGACCAACAAUGA